AUGCGCAUUGUUUCGCUCUUAGAACAAUGUGAUGGCCACCACUCGAAAUACAGAAGUUCACAUCCUCCUCGAAGACCUACACGGCUGCUGCGUAUCGGCAUCGAUCAGCAAAGUAACCAGCUCUAUGUCUAUCUGGACACUGGAAGUGAUCAAGAGCACAAGUUAACAGUCUCAUUAUUCAAAACACUCCGAAUAGAGCUUGCUGUUUCGGAGUUGCCUAGAAUAUUACAAGAUGCCUUCUUAUCGAGCUGGAAUCAUGAUGUAAGAUUUAUCUGGAUGAACUACCUCUGCAUUUUCCAGAACAAUGAAAAAGACCUGGCUCGCGAAAUUGCGGACCUACCUGCUAUUUCUGAUAAUGCUCAUAUCACCAUUCCUGCUAGUGGAGCAGACGAUAGCCGGGACAACUUUCUCAACCGAACAUCUCGCUCACCUGUACAAGGCAUUGUUUGGAGUCUCUCUUAUGCUUGUACAGAUGGAAUAUAUACCAUCGCCGCAGAUUUUAGAAUACACGUCAUCUGGGCUCGUAUGGAUGUGUCGAGAGACGGAACAGCAUCAAGAAGAGGAGUGAGGUCCUGGGAGGACAUGCAUCAACUGUUUUUGUCUCUUUAUCGCGGUAUCAAAGAGGGCUCUGACGUCAAAGAAUGCGAAAUCUGGAUGAAAUUAGUGUGGAAUGACUCAAGACGCGCGCUCAAAUGUCCUGCAGACAAGAUUCCGGCAACUUCAGGCAUAGCAGAUCUUUGGAGUAGACGAAUGCUCAAUGAUACUUGUCUGGCCGGUCUAUGGCAUUACCAAAUCCCACUAGCAUUGCUAUGGAUUUGCGAUCAACAAUCCGAGCAACUAGACGAUACGUACCGUACGCCCUCCUGGAAAUCGGCCAGUUUGAAAGGCCUAGCCACUUGGAAUCGAGCCAUGAUUACAGAUAUCGAUCCAGAACUCGAAGUAGUAGCCUCAAACAUCAAGCUUGUUCAUGUUGAAUUACCUUAUGGCGCGGUCGCCUCAGGAUCUCUUACUGUUCAAGGACAUUUUUGCAGAGGAAUCCCAUCAUUAAGCGCACCAAAUUGUUUAGAUAGUGAAUAUAUCGGAGGCAAAAGCUUCGCACCCAUUGAUUUGCUUUCGGAUAGUUCCGAGUCGACCUUGCCAGUUGUUAUGUAG